AGCUAACCUACCCUCACUAGGAGGAAGUAGGAGUAAUCUGAAGGUGAGAGACAGGACACAGCAACUUAAUGAAGUCAGUAUAGACAAACUGAGAACAGCAGUUCAUCAUGACAAGUCUUCGAAGAGUGUUCUUUAGCCUCUCUGCUGCUCUGUGGAGUGUAUCUAUUGCAGAUGAGAUCGUAGUAUCAGGAUAUGAGGGAGGAGAAGCAGAGAUCAGUUGCUCCUAUGGCCAUGGGUAUGAGAAUUACAAAAAGUACCUCUGUAAUAGGGGCUGUGACAACUCUGAUAUUGUCAUUGAAACUCAAUUGGGAGUUCACUACACUAAGAAAGGCAGCUUUUCUCUGCAUGAUGACAUAAAGAGAAGAGUCUUCACUGUGAAUGUCACUAAACUGACCCUACAGCAUGCUGGGAUAUACUGGUGCGCUGUGAGCAGAUAUGGGACAGACAUCUAUACAGAAGUCAGACUGCAAGUAGAAGUCAAAGUCACCACCGUGACCUCAGUGACCUCCACAUCAUCAUUAUCAUCAGCAUCAAUAUCAUCAUCACUAAUGCCACCUUCAUCAGCAGGCUUCACCAACAGGACCUAUGUGUUUAUUGCGUUCACUGUGAUGACUUUUUCUGUGAGUCUGUCUGUGUUGAUGUUGGCACUCAUCAUAAUAUACAGAUGCAAGAGGAUCCAGGGGUCUGCAGAACCACACAGAGAAACAGGGCUGUCUGAGUUGGUGUAUGAGGAUGUUUAUGAGAAUACAGAAGCUGUGUGUGUGAAUGUGAAACUGGCUUCCUGUAAGAAACAAUACUCCUCCCAACCUUAUGAGGAUGUUGAUGAUGAUGACGACGCCCAACAGGAGUCUGUCUAUCAAGACAUCACACCUUAUGACAACAUCUAUCAAAGCCUCAAUAUCACUACCACAGACAGACACUGAGUGUGUGUGUGUGUGUGUGUGUGUGUGUGUGUGUGUGUGUGUGUGUGUGUGUGUGUGUGUGUGUGUGUGUGUGUGUGUGUGUGUGUGUGUGUGUGUGUGUGUGUGUGUGUGUGUGUGUGCGUGUGUGUAAUAGUAGUAAGGUAGUGCUAAACGAUGAUGCAGUGGCAUAUGAGUUUCAGAGGGGGAUGCUGUUUUUUUUGGUCAAAUAAUAAGAGGAAUGGCUGCUUAACUGAGAAUAAUAUAAGACAGGCUGAUUGGACAUUGAAUGUGUGUGAUCAGUGAGAACUGACAAGUUACCAAGUUGCGCAGGGGCAGACUGGCCACUUGACAUUUCUGGCAAAUGCCCGAUGGCCUGGUCCAUUUUUUGCCUUGUGGCCUGUCAUCAUCUGGCUAAUAAUGGGGUCCUCAAGGAAGAAAAUGGGCCCAGUGGGUUAGAAAUGCCAGCGCCGAUUUCUGGUCCCAGUCUGCCCCUGCACGCACACACUUUGAACAAUUACAUGUAUUCUGAAUUAAACUUAUUGAAUGCCAAUAUUGUGUAGUAUACCUUGAUUAACGGUGAAAUACCUGAAAAGCUGUCUGGCCUACUAAUUUACUUCAGAGAUAAUGUGAUUGCUU